AUGGGGAAAAAGGUCGUCCACUUCAAAAAUCAACAUUUUCACAAAUUAAGACGGGAAUGCCGAAAUAAGUCCAUUCUUUUCCGCGAUCCAGAAUUCGCCACAAAUUGGUCAUCCCUUUUUUACAGUCGAUCCCCACUUAGCAAUAUAGAAUGGAAAAGACCUGGGGAAAUAGUUGAUAAUCCGAAGUUGUUUCUCGAUGGCGUUAGUGCAGAUGAUUUCUCUCAGGGAAUGCUGGGUAAUUGUUGGUUCGUUGCUGCAUGCGCGUCCAUCUCCGAAGAUUCACGGCUUUGGGUAAAGGUAGUUCCAGAUCACGGAAACCAAGAGUGGAAGCCAGAAAAUAAAUAUGCUGGUAUUUUUCAUUUUAAGUUCUGGAAACUCGGUGAGUGGGUGGAUGUGGUUAUCGAUGAUUUUCUGCCUACAAGAAAUAGACAAUUGAUGUUCACGCACUCCAAGACGAGGAAUGAAUUCUGGAGUGCUUUACUAGAGAAGGCAUAUGCUAAAUUGUUCGGAUCCUACGAAGCCUUAACCGGUGGCAAGGCCCGGGAUGCAAUGGUGGAUAUGACAGGAGGCGUGGGUGAAAGCAUCAGUCUUAAUCAGUAUGAUACGACAGAAAGUCGCCAAAAACUUUUUGAUAUUUUAUACGACGCCUAUGAAAACAAGGCCUUGAUUAGCGCUUCCAUUAUGGCCAAGACAGAUGCCGAUAUGGAAAUGAAAACAACUGUCGGGUUAGUUAAGGGACAUGCGUACAGCAUUACUGCCGUAAAAAAACUCACUCUCGGCACGAACCUAAUAAGUUAUUUUAAAAGGGAAAAGAUCCAGAUGAUCCGUUGCAGAAAUCCAUGGGGAGGUGUUGAAUGGAAUGGUCCGUGGAGUGCAAAUUCGGAAGAAUGGAAGAAUAUAAGAGAGCGAUCAAAAAAAGAAAUGGGUCUGAAUUUUGAUGAAAAUGGUGAAUUUUGGAUGGCUUUUGAAGACUUUUGCCGCUAUUACACAGACAUCGACAUCUGCCACAUAAUGAAUACCUCACUUUUCUCCAUUAAGAAGAAAUGGAAAGAAUACAUUGGUAAAGGUGAGUGGACCUCACCAAGCCGGUGUGGUGGUUGCGGCAAUUAUUCGGACUCAUUCCUCCAUAAUCCACAGUAUUUAUUUAAUGUGGACAACGCUGAAGAGUUAUUGGUAUCCCUGGAGCAGGAAGACAAAAGGUCUGCAAAAAGGAAAGGCAGAGUGAACGAUGUCAUUGGUUUUACUGUGUUACGCACUGACAUGAACAGAAAGUACAGAGUUCACGACAAAUUUUACGACAAAGUUCACUCUGGCCCAUUUUCCAAUGCCCGAAGUGUCUUCGCCCGAGUUUCCCUUAAUAAAGGACGUUACUGUAUAAUUCCAUCAACGUACGACCCCAGGAUACUUGGCAAAUAUAUUCUUCGCAUGUACAGCACCAACGACAUCAAAUUAAAAGCUGUUGAAAAAGAUGGACCCAAGCCCCCUGGCUGCCUAGGGCCGAGAUUUCGUGCUGUCACUGCAGUCACUGUCUACCGAGGUGAAGGUAUUCUCAAUGGGGACCAAAAAGAAGGGGAUUUGUACUGUAUAAUUAACUGCGAAGGUAACAAACAGAGAACAAGUACAGUCAAAGAAACAUCAGAGCCCGAAUGGAAAGAUCGCGCCACUUUCUUUCGGAAGAAACCAGAAAAAGACAUAUUAAUCGAGGUAUGGGACCAGAAUAUCAUCCGGGAUGAAUUUCUGGGGUUGGUCACAGUUCCAAUGGCUGCUUCAAAUUGGAGUCAUUAUCAGUCUGAAGCAAAUAUUGUCCGUUACAAUAUUGUUAACAAGGACAAAGAAUCCAGAGCAAAUGCACAUGGAUAUCUUUGGCUAAACAUUCAACACAACGAGGAUCUCAGUUCACUGUGA